GUGAUUUUGUUUCGCCUGUCAAUAACUGCCUUCAAACCUCACCAGAGAAUAGGUGUGUGGCUGAGGGUUACACUUGUGAAUUUUCAAAGUUCUUACAUAAAACACUACGUUUUUCAAAUAAUUAUGGAGCCCUACGAUGUCAUAAUUAAUCAACCGGUGGUUAUCGACAACGGUUCAGGUGUAAUAAAAGCAGGAUUCGCUGGGGAUCAAAUACCAAAAUGCAGAUUUCCCAAUUAUAUUGGCAGACCCAAACAUGUGCGUGUUAUGGCUGGUGCUUUGGAAGGAAAUUUGUUCAUGGGUCCAGUUGCAGAGGAACAUCGUGGCCUUUUAUCUCUCCAUUAUCCGAUGGAACAUGGAGUUGUUACAGAUUGGAAUGAUAUGGAGAAAAUUUGGUCUUAUGUGUAUGGCAAAGAUCAACUAGCUACAUUUUGCGAAGAACAUCCGGUCCUAUUAACAGAGGCACCUCUUAAUCCAAGAAAAAAUCGUGAGAAGGCAGCAGAAAUAUUUUUCGAAACAUUUAAUGUUCCAGCUCUAUUUAUCUCUAUGCAAGCAGUUCUUAGUCUAUAUGCCACAGGACGAACAACAGGAGUUGUUUUAGAUUCUGGAGAUGGUGUUACACAUGCAGUACCUAUUUAUGAAGGUUUUGCUAUGCCUCAUAGUAUUAUGAGGGUUGAUAUAGCAGGACGUGAUGUUACAAGACAUCUCAGACUUCUUUUACGUAAAGAGGGUAUUAACUUUAAAACAACAGCAGAAUUUGAAAUUGUUAGGACAAUUAAAGAACGUGUGUGCUAUCUUGCUAGCAAUCCUCAGAAGGAAGAAACAAUUGAAACAGAAAAAUUUCAAUAUAUAUUGCCUGAUGGAAGCUAUUUAGAGAUUGGUCCAGCUCGAUUUAGAGCUCCUGAAGUGCUUUUUAGACCAGAUCUGAUUGGUGAGGAAUGCGAAGGACUUCAUGAAGUGUUAACAUAUUCCAUUCAAAAAUCUGACCUAGAUUUGAGAAAGGUUUUAUUCCAGAAUAUUGUUUUAUCUGGGGGAUCAACAUUAUUCCGUGGAUUCGGUGACAGAUUAUUAUCUGAAAUUCGUAAAAUGUCACCAAAGGAUGUAAAAAUUAGGAUAUCAGCACCUCAGGAACGAUUAUAUAGUACUUGGAUUGGUGGGUCCAUUCUAGCUUCCUUAGAUACAUUUAAGAAGAUGUGGGUUAGUAAAAAGGAAUAUGAAGAAGACGGUAUAAGAGCAAUUCAUCGUAAAACAUUCUGAAUGUAAAUUAGAAAGAUUAAAAAUUUUAAUGACAAAUAAUUUAAGUACAACACAUAAGUAAUGGCACACUCGGCACAAAGAUUGACAUGUACCGUGUUGACAGUGCUCUUCGAAUGCUUUUAAUAUCGCAAUUUUUUUAAGUGCGUUUUAAAUUUCUCUUUCAAAUGAGUAUUUAUUCCAAGGAAUUAUAAAAUAUGCAUACCCGUUCCAUCAAAGAAUACAGUACUAAAAGAAAUGUAAUAUGAUUUAUUUUAUAAUUUAACUGUAAAAAGGUUCGAUAUAUACUCUUAAUCAUAGUUUUAAAAUAAAAUUCAUAUUCCGUUUUUUACUGAAUAUCCAUUAAUCGAGAUUCCUUGGAAAUGUACACAGACAAAUUUCCAAAUUCAAAUGUACUCAGUGAUACUGAAUAUUGAACUUAUUUAUAAAUUUUUUAUUUUUUAUCUUUAAAAUAAUAUCUUCACAAUUUAUAUAUGUAUUUAUGUUUUUAUACUAUUUAUAGUUUUAUUAUAUUUAACAUAACGGAGCAAUCAGUUCUUAUUGAACUAAAAGAAUUAAGUGCUUUAGUCGAUCGAUUUAACGUUAUAAGAAAAAGAUGAUGUAAUUUCUACCUGCAGUAACAAUUUUGCAAAGUAUUUGUAAAUAUGUAUGCUUUGGUAAAAUAAAUCUGUAAACUCUUUACACGUAUAAAUGA